CGACAUCGUCGAAGCGCGAUUGCUGAGUCACAUAUCGCGAACAAUCUCUCCCGGCAAAGUGCGCGACGUUUGUCCGUUCGGUCGGUCGAUCGACGUCCGUUUCGCGUCCGUUUCAUCGGUUUCUCCGCGCGUAACGAACUCCAUGUCGGGCAAAAGUGUCGUGCGGCAAAAGUGUUGUCUCAUCGUCGCGCGAGGCUCGAGCGUCACCGCGUAAAAUAGCGAAACGCGGCACAACGCUCGUCCGCGAACUAUGCGCAAAUCCGGAAUUUCAAAUCGUCCGCUGUGUCCGUAGAUCCCUUUCGCGCGCUGGGACACGUCGCGUGUCCAAAAUCAACACACAUUCACGUUACACACACACAUAUACACACGUAUGCACACGUAUGCGGACACGCGCGCGCCUACGCGGGGAUCUGUCAAUCGCGAGGACCUGUCUGUCUCGCCGCUUCCGACUUUUUCGCUCGCAGCUGAUCCGCGCGCGUGUAAGCGUUUCUCGAUGCGUCUCGCGCCACCACGCUGUCAGCGCGAUUCCAAUAGUGCCCGAGUGUACCGCCGACGAUAAGGAGUUGCAGAGCAGCCAGCCGCCUGUCAGAGGAGUGUCCGCGAGGCAUGCGUGAGCGAUGCGCGCGCGGCUGCACCGCAGUGGCUCAUCAGCGACUCGUGCGCGAUUUUGAGGUUAUUUCGGUCCAGUGUAACUGACCUACACCGCUGCCUGGGAAAACCGCGGCUCUUUUAUUUUCACUCCGGCGCUCCGAGCGACGAGUCGUCUCCUUCGUGCCUCGCACGAGAAAUUGAAACCGACAGAUCCAGCGUCUUGCCGAGCGAGCUGUAUACUCUAACCUUAAAAUACGGAGCACGCGACCCCCGUGAUGGAUUUCGUCGCGUAAACGGUGUAUUCGCCGCGUGGCGCCUUCGAGAGGAUUUCGAUUCUCUGUGUUGCCUCGACGCGAUGUCAACGGACGUCCUGUGGAAUCGCCUCGCCUCCUCAUGAUGCCGAGUCGCUUCUGUUAUUUACACUUGACAAGGACUGUGAGCUAGUGUGACAAAGCGUCAAGAUCCGAACUAUCUCUCUGCUUUUGUGUCGAGCUGAUCUGUCCAUUCAUCGGCAAGAUGUUGUGCAUGAAGAAGCUGUACCGGGAGGAGCUGUUGCAGCUCGCAUUAUUGUUGUCUCUGCUACGUGUGGAUCCGGAAUACUAUCUGGGCCUGGAUAUUCAGACCAUUGGCAUGGGAUCCCUGGAUCUCCGCAGCGGCUCCGGAUGGCACACGGAUCAUACGAUAGUCCACCGUCCGACGUUUAUCCAUCCGAAGAAUCCAGACUCCAUGCUGCUGAACUACCAAAGAGAUUUGUUCGAGGAACUGAAUUCAUUGGGGAGAUAUAACAGAAUGAAUUCUGGCCUCAAUGCCAUACAUGCCUAUUUGCUGAAUGUCGAUGAGUCUAAUAGAGCUGCAGAAGAGCCAGGUCCCAGCGUGCCAGUUUCAACCAACUCAACCAGGAACGUGACGUCUCCUGAUCCACCAAAUUCCACUCAGAGUCCAGCACAGCCAACUGAUGCAGAUCUCACUCAAGAGGACAUGGAUUUAAUCGAGGUCCUCUGGAAGCAGGAUGUGGAUUUGGGAUUCACGCUGGUGGAACCGGCUACCAAAAAGCCGUCAACAUCGGAAAAAGAAGCAGCAGACGAUGAACUCGAGAAGCUGAAAACCCUGGAAGCUAUUAAUGCCACGUAUCAAAAGGAUGAUGCCAAGGAACCUGAGCCACAAGAAGAUAAUCCAUGGGCAGGACUUUCUUACACCGUAGAUCUUGAAACCGGCGAAUUCAUUCUUAGCUCCAGCAGUCAAAGCGGAAGCGGAAGUAGCAUCGUCGACGAGGACGGCCCGCUUCUCAACGAAGCGUCAUUGGCUUUGGACAAUCAUCCCUUGGCUGGCUUAACCGAUGAUUCUCUGGGUCUAAACGACACUUUAGCGCUCGAGCAUGACUUUACUUCAGAGUUACUCGAAGGUGAUCUUCUGGGAAGCGCCGGCGUAGACGGUCUUCUUAGUAACGAUACUCUGGGCUUGCCCGACGAAUUUAAUCUCGAGGAGGCGCUUCAACUCGUGGGCCUCGAUGAGGCUCAACCAGAGGAAACGAAGCCGGAAGUGAAGAAGAAGAAGAAAGAAGACACCGCCGAGGAGUCCGCAAGUGCAAAGGGCGACGCGGAUAUUACCGUCUCGAGUAACGUCGAGGUCGCGAAGUCAUCCAGGUGCGAGGAUCCCGAGACCGGCGACAUGAUUCACACACCACAGUUUCAUCAUCCCCAUCAUCCACACCACCGCUCCUUCCAGGGUCGCAUGCCAUUCAUGCGAGCGAUGAGCAUGGAACAGCGGUGGCAAGAUCUCGCGUCUCUUUUAUCCCUCCCGGGUGCACCGGAUCACUUCGCACAUCCAGCGCAUCCUGGAUAUCCAGGACACGGUAUAAGUCACAGUCAUUACGAGGCGCAACGUAAUGUAUUGCUCCAUAAUCCUACCUUGGCCCCUCCGGUCGGUGAUCUCAAUUCAACAGGACCUUACCACAAUGUGGCUGUGGCAACAUCAAUGAAUUUGACAAACAGUAGCGAGCCAAUGGGUGCGGAGAGCGGUGCAACUUACAAGUCUGAACCUAACGAUAUGAUGUAUUAUCAUACACCGACAGCAGAUUCCAUCAACCAAACUACCGAUGGAUUUCUUUCGUCUCUACUUAAUGACGAGGACUUGCAUCUAAUGGACAUGGCCAUGAACGAUGGCAUGUACACCAUGCGUAUGUUGGACAAUGGUAGCAAUAAUGCAUCCGCACCGACCGGUGCAGCGGCCUUACCGGGUGUCCAGACGACCGGCGGUACAACUUCAACGGCUACGGGUGUCACAACUUUACCUGGUGUAACCGACGAAAGGAUGGAUGCGUCAAGUGACAGUGCUGUUAGUAGCAUGGGCAGCGAACGUGUACCAUCUUUGUCAGACGGCGAGUGGAUGGAAACUGGAUCCAAUUCCAGCCAUACUCAAGCUGAUUCUCAUUACACCAUGGAUUACGCGAGUAAAUAUCGCAUGCCAUACGACUGUAAUUACUCGGUGUCUGGGAGAAAUGCCGGUUCACCGAGAUGCCAAACAGAAAGAGCAGUACCACCAGUCGCACAAAAGAAACAUCAAAUGUUCGCCAAGCGAUAUUUCCAAGAACAAGGCACUUGCUCACCUUUAGGGGCUACUGCACAUCCAACCACUCCAAUGAAAUAUGAUUAUGACACGCAUACAGUUGGAGCAGGUGCACCAGGAAAUACAUAUUCUGGACCAAUAGAAGGUGCAGCCGGGCCACAGCCUGAAAUUAAAUACAGUUGUAGCGUGGAUUUCAGCCGUCAUCAAUCCGGACGGUCGGCAAUAGAACAUGUUCAUCACAAUCACACUUAUCAUUUGCCUGCUGAGAGCUCAGGAUCUCUUCAACGUCCUAUUUCUCGCGACAAGAAAGUUCGCAAAAGCGAAGGGGAGGAACAUCUAACGAGAGACGAGAAGAGAGCAAGAGCGCUAAAUGUACCAAUUGCAGUCAAUGAUAUCAUCAACCUUCCUAUGGACGAGUUUAACGAACGUCUCAGUAAAUAUGAUCUCAGUGAGGCCCAACUAUCUCUAAUACGCGACAUUAGAAGACGAGGCAAAAAUAAGGUUGCCGCACAAAAUUGCCGCAAACGCAAAUUGGAUCAAAUUAUAAGCUUAGCUGACGAAGUAAAAGAGAUGCGAGAUCGUAAAAUGAGGCUUAUUCGCGAGCGCGAAUUCAUGCUCAUCGAGAGACAGCGGGUCAAAGACAAAUUUAGUCAACUUUACCGUCAUGUUUUUCAGUCUUUACGAGAUCCAGAUGGUAAUCAAUACCAUCCAUAUGAAUACAGUCUUCAACAAUCUGCAGAUGGGAACGUUUUAUUAGUUCCUAGAAAUCAGACGAAUCCGCAUCAAUCACGACAGUCUUCGAUGGAGCCGAAGACCAAACCCGAUUCUGAGCAUAAAGAAUGAACUGCAAGAAUCGUACGCCAAUGUGAUUGAUUAUUGAAAAACUUUUGUUUUUCUUAGGCGCGUCCAAAGCGUAGUGAAAGCGAACACGGUGCUGGGGAGCGAACAUCGUACGCGUUUUUAAACUUAUUACGCAUAAUUCUUGUCAAAAGAGUAGAGUUCACGGUCUG